AUGCCUGGACUUGAUGCGCUCCUACAUCGACGGCCACCUUCGGCUUGGCAGUUGUUUCUACGAGGACCAUUUGUGUUUCUGACACGAAAGCUAUAUUCGUGGAAGCGUGGUGCGACCCGGCCACACCUGGCUGAUGAUCAGAGAAUCUCUGUGCUUUGCAUCUCGGAUACGCACAACAGUCAAUGCGAGCUCCCAGAUGCCGACAUCUUGAUCCACGCGGGCGAUCUCACACAAUCAGGCUCACUCCACGAACUCAAUCAGAGCAUUGCUUGGCUGCGAGUGCAGUCCCACGGCGUGAAAGUCGUCAUCGCAGGUAACCACGAUAUUCUUCUGGACGCAAAGCGAGAUGAUGCAGAGGGCAAAGCUGCCGCAGCGCGUGCACAUUUUGAUUGGGGUGAUAUAAGUUAUCUGGAAGAUCAGGCCUUGAUGGUCACCUGCAAGAAUGGACGUUGUCUAAAGAUUUACGGCAGCCCCAAAUCUCCCCGGCACGGUAACUGGGCAUUCCAGUAUGCCCGGCAUGACGACGUAUGGAACAAUUCAGUACCCGACGACACGGAUAUACUUAUCACACAUUGCCCGGCCCAUGCUCACCUCGAUCUGGGAGGCCUUGGUUGUCGUCACCUGCUGUUCAUAGCCAGGAAUCGCUCGCUUCUGCUAUUCUCUGGAGGUAUUUCUCCCGAUGGUAGACGGAUGGUCAAAGUCGUCGGUAGCGGCGACACCUUUGGCACCCAGCUGGGUUCUUGCUCCAAUACGAUGGGUCUUUCUCGUAGUUCCCUCUCUGCAUCGUCUCCCAUGAUUAUGACGGGGCUUCCUCGGGGCAAACCGCGUUCGUUCAACCUAUUGAAAGCCUUUGUCAGAUAG